UACAAACAGCCUGACCGGUGCUACAAAACGUUUGCACCAAUUUUCAAAGAAGUUACAACGAAAAUGUUCAGCGUUCCUAACCCACCGGAUGCUUUGCCGCCGCAAAAUUCUCUCAAGAAUUUCUUUCUCAUUCAGAGAAUUUGUUUUUCGGUCAUUGGUUUGGAUCCAACAUCGUUGAAGCGUACUAUGUAUCGACCGUGGCUAACCUUUAUACCGCUGCUGAGUCUUAUGGGCCUAUUGGGACCCAUGGGCGUGUAUGCCUUUAAUUAUUUGAAAAUUGAUUUGGGUAAGGCUAUAACGGCUCUCUCGCCCUUUUGGCAGUCCAUGUUGUCGACGAUUAAGUUUUUUGUCUUUAUGUUGAAUCGAAAGAAAAUUGUGGGAUUGGUGCGUAAGGUGUGGUCAUGGACAUUGGAAGCCACCGAAGAGGAGCUCAAAAUUAUUGAUGAAGAAAUCAAAGGCGAUGCCAGGAUAUCCUUGUUUUAUUAUUCAAUGGUAAAUAUCACCGGAGUCCUGGCAGCCCUGGCUCCAUUGGCCAUAUCGGCAAUUUACACUUUUCAUGGUCGUGGUUUUAUGGAGACAUUGGAUGCCCCAUUUAAGGCGGAAUACUUCUACGAUAUACGAGCUUCAUAUAUGGGAUAUAUUCUUUGCUAUACCUGGAAUGUUUUGGGCAUCCAUUACAUUCUCAAUGGCGCCCUAUCCAUUGACACCCUCUACUCCUGGAUUGUACACAAUAUUGCAGCACAAUUUCGGAUUUUAAAUUUACGCUAUCGCCAGUUGUCGGAGAAAAUUAUUGCCCACCAGGCGGCGGGAAACCACAAUGAAAAGGAAUUUCUUAAAUCUGUUGUGGAAUGUGUCAACUAUCAUCGACGCAUCAUUCAAAUGUCGGAACGUUUCAGUGAGGUGUAUCAGGGUUUGGUUUUCAUCAAAUUUCUGGUUAGCUGCAUGCAAUUGGCAUGUUUGUCGUUUAUAAUCCCCUUGGGUGGGGAGUUUGCCGAUCAGUCGUUUAAUCUGUCGUUUUUGAUUGCCGUCACCACGCAGCUGAUGUUGUACUGUCAUGGUGGGCAGAAAAUUCAGGAUAUGAGCACCUCGGUCAAUCUGGCCAUCUACGAGUAUUUCCAUUGGCACGACUUGAGCAUUAAAUCCCAAAAGCUGCUCAUGAUAACGAUGAUCAGGGCCCAGAAACCCUGCGAUAUAAGAGGCAUAUUUUUCACAGCAGAUCUAAGUCUGUUCGUUUGGGUCUAUAGAACUGCUGCUUCAUUUAUGACCAUGUUGAUGUCAAUGCAGGAUAAAUAAAUACAGAACUGCGCACCACAUGCACCCUUUUAUUCAAUUUCUAACAACUGUUUAAAAAAUCUCGAAUAAACACGAUAGACAUUCUGGGCUAAUAAGUCAUCAAACUUUUGAAAUUUCA